AUGAGAGUCGCUCCCCUUCUCACGCUGCGCAGCUGCAGUCCGGACGCAGCUCAGGGGGCUGCCAUCGGAGCGGCGACUUUCCUAUCCGCUUCGCGCCUGGCUCUCGGCGAUACAGAAGGAGGCAUUUCUGUCUUUGACCUCGACUCCAGGCGUCCCUGCUGCUUCCUUCCGUCUUCGCAGGGGAAACAUGAGCCGCGUGACGCGCAUGCAGAGCCUGUGUCUUCAUCCUCAUCGUGGUCGCGUUCCCCUGUCUUGCUGCUGGAGGCCCUCGGGAGGCGGGGGGUCGGGCGGUCGGCGCCCUCCCUCGACUUGCGCUCAUCAGGCCAACGGGGGAGCGACAGACGUGGAGAGGAUGAAGGCGAGGCAGCUGAGGGAAACUCGGAAUCCUCCGGCAGCUUCGCGGAGGCUGAAAGGCUGCUCUGCCAGCACCGGUCGUCUCUUGUGGCGCUGUGGGACAUGGAAACCCUCCAAAAGGUGCAGAGCUUUCGCACUGGCUCCUUCUCCUUUUGUCGUCUAGCGGUCCUCAAUGACCCCCGCAGUGGCAGUCAGGAGGAGCCCAAAAUGGCGGCGGAGACGCUGGACCGCGACCGCGAGGUAGGGCGCCACAAGAGUGAAAAAGGCCCUGAGGGCCCUGCAGGCCCCCCAUCCCGCAGCGCCGCUUCCAUGCCAGUUGUCAGCUCCGCGCUGUCAUCCGCGUUUGCAUCUUCCCUCUCCCCCGCUGUGCCUGCGCCAACGUCGCCGCUCGCUUCUGCGUCGCCGUGUCUGCCUCUCCUGGCGUGUCCUACGGCAGAGGCUGAGGCGAUAGGCAUAUUUGACCUCCGCACACGAAGGGAGGCUGGGGAUGUUGCGCAUCCUGUCGUUGCUCUUCGGUCUCCAUUUGGCUCUUCUGCAGCCGCGACGUCUUUCUCUGCCCCGCCUUGCGGCAUGGUUCAGUGUAUCGCACAAGCCAAGAAGCUGAGUGCGUCGCUCUCUCUUGUCGCAGCCUACGAGAUGCCCUUUGUGGCACUCUGGGACCUCCGCCAGCCUCGAGCGCCCGUCUCGUCGGUGCCUCUGUCCGCGCCCUCGUCUUCGCCUCCUUCCGCGCUGACCAUACACCGGAAUCAGUGUUGGGUCGGGUGCUUCGCCGGGCAGAUCUCCGUGCUGAAGAUCCAGAAGUCCGGUUCUCUCACGGCGUAUAAGUCUUUCGACCUUUUUGCUGAUUGGGGAGGCAGAGCGGCGUCCCCCUUUUUCUUGCCGUCUGCUGACGCGAAAGAGACCGUGCCCCCCCCGUGUCGCCUGCCUCAUCCGGAUGGAGAUUUGUCGCGCUCCCGGCUGCUUCUGUCCGCCGCGUUCCGCCCCGAUGGCGCGCUCGUGGCGGUCGGCGCCAGCGACGGCGGUGUGCGCCUUUUUGAGACGAAAAACACGCGGUGUCUGGGGGCGUUGGAGGCCGCGGCGGGGCCGGCGAGCCACGGAGACACGGCGGGCACGGCCAGUGUGCUGACGUGGUGUCCACGAACUGGCGUCCUCGCUUCGGGCGGGGGUGCUGGGGGUCGGAUCGCCUUGUGGGGCCUCUACGCGGAGACGUUCCGUCCCGUCCAGUGA